UUCUCUGUGAAACUUCUUGUCAGAUUAUUUUCAGAUUUUUUCAUUUCAAAAAUAUCAAUUUUUCAUUUUGAUUUCGGUAAGAAUUCGCACGAUUGUUUUGAAAAAUGUCAGCCGCUGCUACCCUCAAUGUCAAAAAAGAACCAGUUGAUCUGAUGGACAUCCAGGAUCAAUUGCUGAAAGUAGUAGAAUCUCACCCCAAUAGUAUAACUACUCAAGAAAUUUUCGACAAACUUACUUCAUUCUCCUCUCAGAAUGUCAUUGACGGCCUGAACGCACUACUUAAGAAAAAUAAGUUACAAGUUAGAAAGAAGGCCAACGAUGAACUCGUUUAUGUGUUAAACACGACGUCGGUAGUCAACAAUUUGAAAGGAGCCGACAGUGAAGAAAAACUCGUCCUGCAAAUCAUUGAAGAAGCUGGAAACAAAGGCAUAUGGAACAAGAUCGUUCACGAAAAGAGCAAGAUAACAAUAAAACAACUCGACAAAAUCCUGAAAAACCUUGAAGCCAAAAAACUCAUCAAGAGAGUUUCAUCAGUGGCUGCUGCUCGUAAAAAGAUCUACAUGCUCUACGAUCUCGUCCCUGAUAUAUCUUUAACUGGGGGUUCGUGGUAUAGCGAACAGAGGUUCGAUUCAGAGUAUGUUGAUUUGAUCAAUGCAUGCUGUUUGAGGAUUCUACAGCAGAAGGUUGAAAGUUGUGAAGCGUCAAAAAAUUUGCUGGACCCCAUGGCAUAUCACAAUUCGACAUUCAUGUCCUCGAGUGAGAUCCUAAAAGUCCUAACUGAAUCAAACGUUAGCAAAAUCACUCUCUCCUUGAACGACAUUGAAACUCUACUUGAAACUCUAGUAUUCGAUGGAAAAGUGCAAAAACGUGUCGUCUCAAGUAGCGGCGCCAACAGUAGCAGCAGCAGCUCCCAACAGCCACAACAAGUCACUUUAUAUCGAACCAUCCCUCCUAUCAUCCAACCCACCGGGUUGAUGAGAGUUCCCUGUGGGCAUUGUCCUGUGAUGAACGAUUGCGAAGUUGGUGGGGUCAUCUCACCGGAAACAUGCGUGUACAUGGAUGAAUGGCUCAACUUUUAACAAAUUCUUUUUUUUUGAUUAUUAUUAUUUAUUAUUAUUAUUAUAAUCUUUCAAUGUAAAUAUAUACUGACACCUGCUAUUUACGUUUUUAAUACCUUAGAUUGAUGGGAAUGAAUGAAUGAAUGGAUGGAUGGAUGGAUGGAUGGAUGGAUAGAUAAAUAGAUGGUGGUAGAAACAGAUUGUGUGUAUAACAUUUAAUAGUUUAUUUGGUACAAAUCGAAUAUAGUGAAUAGCGAUAAAGAUAACUAGAAUGACGUCAUUUCCGCUUACGAUUUCGUAAAGAACUGUUUCCGGCUUGACAAUUUUUAUACCAAUACUUAGAGAGGUGGUUUUACAUUUUUAAAUAAAAAAAUUCCGUUACGUUAAUGAUUUAAAAAGUCAUUAACCGAACGAAAAUGUUGAGACCGGUGAAUGUUAGAAAUUGAAAUAUAGUUUGAUUGAAAUACUAGAUAUCUAUAAUGUGUGUGUGUGAUUAUAUAUUGUUAUGUAUGUAUUUGUGUGAAAAUGUAUGAAUAUAUAUGCACAGUUGUGUGCGUGCAAAGACGUGUGUGGACAUAUCUAUAUGUGUAAGUAAAUAUAUAUGUGUGUAUGUACGUGUAUGUGCGUAUGUUGUUUGUGUGUGUGUGAAUUCAUAAGCAACUUAGAUUUCCUUUAUAAUAGCUCUCUGACAGAUGUUGAGUACAAUUUCACGUGAACGAUUAAUAUAAAUUUUCAAGUAGGUACUCUGAAAAAAAAUAAUCAAAUACAUAUCAAUAAUUAUCAUCAUUAAAUAUGACAAUAAAUUCACUAAACAAAUACACAGCCACGUAUCUACAGUGUGUUUCUGUGCGUGGUGCGUGCGUCGGUGAAUGUGCGUGUUUACGUUUAAUAUGAACAAUGAUUAAAGAAGCAAUGCAAAAUCCCAAGUGCAAAUACACACAUACAUAUAUAUAUAUAUAAAGAGAGAGAGAGAGAAAGGGAGAGCGCGCUAGAUUAGGCUGUCAAUGGAAUAAACAAAGACGAUAGUUAAUGUGACAAAUAUAAAUUUAACCACUUUAUUAUUCACCUUAUUAUUCAUAUUAUUAUUAUUCUUACUGUUAUAUACAAAUAUUAUUUAGUAUCAUAAUUUAGUAUUGAAUGUUAUUACUAUUAGCAAUCAGGUAUCAUCGUCAGAGAGUAUCAUGAAUGGUAUCAUGAAUGCUAUCAUCAUAACAUCCUAAUAUACAUGAUAUCUUGAGAUGGUGAAUGAAACGCAAGCGGAUUGCCAAGCCACGAAUGAAGGUCUAUUUCACUGUCUGAGGAGUUACAAUCUUAAAACAUUAUCACGAUCAUCUCAGUCUAGAUUCGUUAUUAUUAUUACUAAAAUUAUAUUAUUAUAUAAUUAUAUUACCAUUACUACUACUACUACUACUACUACUACUACUACUACUACUACUACCACCACCACCAAUACUACAGUGUAUCGGAUGUACUGAAACAAUUUUAAAAGCAACAACCCAUGUAGAUUCAAUAUAUGAUAGCAGAAAUCAAUAUCAAUGAAGUUGUACAAAUACACACAAACAAUAUAUAUAUAUAUAUAUAUAUGUGUGUGUGUGUGUGUGUGUGUUGUGUGUUUGAUUAUUUUCCGCCAAUAAAUACUCGGAAAAUAAUAAAUAAAAUAUAAAUAAAUGAAAUUACGAAAUGAUAUUCUUCUUGGCAAAGAUUAUAAAUAUAAUGGAUAAUUAUUUUGAAAACUCUAUUAAAAUAACUGCUAAGUAAAAUUUAAAAUUCAUAAAUAAGUGUAUAAAUAAUAUAUAUAAAAUAUAUAUUUAUAAAUUUAUGUAAGUAUAAAGAGAGAGAAAAAGAGAGAGAGAGAGAGAAAGAGAGAGAGAGAGAGAGGGGGGAGGGAGAGAAAAGAGACACAACCAUAAGGAUAAUGAAAACGGUGAUGUUGUGAUUUUGAUAAAGAUGAUGAUGAUAGAAAUGAUGUUAAAUACAAAUAAUGAUAAGAAGUCUCUAUGUACAUUCUAAUGAUGAACACUUCAUCUGGAAAGACACAAAAAAAUAGAACACACACGCGCGCACACACACACGCAGACACACAAACAAAUCCAAAAACACAUAAUUCAGAUAAUGGGCAAUAAGCAGUAUGAACGAU